AUGGGCUCGGCUUCCUCCAAAGCCGCGCAGGGCGCAUCGCGCAAGUUCCCCGCCCGCAGCGCCGGCUCUGCCGUGUCCCAGACGACGAGACCGGCCCGCGCGCCGGCCGACAUUGCCAAAGACCAAGCCUUUGUCGAAGACGCCGCCGACCCCGACUUCUCCCCCGCCGGCUUCGCCAGCCGCCUCCAGUCCAUGGGCAUCGUCGACCCCAACCCGACCUACUCGCCGUCGUCGCGCGCCACGCCCGGCGGCGUGCCCUCGUCCGCCGCGGGGCCCAUCUUCCCCUCCCAGCAGCAGCACGCCAACGUGACGCUCUCGGCGCUCGCGUCGCGGCGGCGCGUGCAGGAGCGCGCCGACGCCGACACGGAGCGCUUCCAGCAGGUGGGCAUCCGCGGCGCGGCGCGGCGCUACGUCGACAUGAGGACGCUGUCGGACGCGCUGCAGCUGCUGGACAAGGGCGUGUCGGCGCGGGAGGUCGAGGGCCGGAUGGGCAUGCAGGAGGGCUUGCUGGAGCGGCUGGGGCGAAAGGGCGUCGUGACGCACCUGGUGAAUUAG